CUUUUCUGGCCUCGAUCCCAGCCCCUCUCACUAGAGGGCCUGGUAACCACCGUUUGCGUGUGGGUGGAUUCAAUAGUUAAUACCAACCAUAAAGCUCUUUGUAAAAUAUCAAUUAACCUUUUGUACUAUGGUCACCCAUGUGGUUGAUUAAACUAUUAGUGUCAAGAGAGAGAGAAAUCGCCAUCACAACUCUAGGCUCAUACGAGGAGCACUGAUCUUACUGAGAUGGCAUCAAACAAGCGUCUGGAAGCAAGUAGAUUUGCCAGAGCCGGUCGGUACUGACAGAAAAACGCCUACCACUCUACCACAGUACAAAAGAAGACAAAAUCUGAUUUUUCAACACUGAAGAGAGCUUGAGCAAGAGCAGAACAGAAGUAGAAGCCAUUACAACAAAACUAGUCACUAGUCUAGGCCGUAAAUGUUGUAGCCUCGAGACCAGCCGUUCGUUAUCUGAAAGAACGCCUGGUCAAGUUCCAAUGUAGCACUCGUUCUAUGGUCCAGGAAUUUCUUGGACCGGUAAUUGCCCGCAAAGGUCCGCCCAAGGUGUAUUACCAAUGAAUAUCAUUAUGAUGCUAUAAAAUGCUGACUCAGCUAGAACGAGUGCUACAUUGGAACUUGACCAGGCGUUCUUUCAGAUAACGAACGGCUGGUCUCGAGGCUAUAAAUGUUGUAAGUAGCUGUGUUAUUCUGCUGUGAUUUGUGCAAUGACAUCAUUGUAAAAUAUACAAUAUACUGACUAAUUUACUAAGAUAUCUCGAUCCCCAAGAUCUUGGGGCAACUGACACAUGCGCAGACAGUGUAUACCAGGCCGUCUUUCUCAACUGAGAGCGGCCUGGAAUCGAGGCUACAUCUUUUCUUUUGUAAGAAGGCGGUGUACUUCCCGGCAACUGAAGGACAAGCUAACGUAGCACCCACUGCACCACAGCUGUUCUUGUUUAUGAGGUGUCACCCAAAGAGGAGAUUGAACUGAACACCAACCAGGCGUAUGGACCAUUAGGACUGUAAAACUUAAUACCAACAACUAAUAGACAUCUAGAUAGAUCUAGUUGUUAUAUGGUUGACUUUAACAUAACAUGUAUAUUUUUGGCUGUAAAACCUAUUGUCACAUUCUGAUGUGGUUUUUCUGACUUCCUCAUGAUCAAUAUAUAGAAAGAGGUGUGUUUCAUCAUAGAUCAAUAAACUUAAGUUGUAGCUAUAGCUCCUGCAAUGCAAGUACAGACAGUUAUUAUUAUCAGCAUCCAGCUGUUUUCUCUUGCUGCAGCCACACUGACAUCCACCCCCCCUGUGGCCUGUCCUGAUGACACUGUCACUUUCACCUGCACUCUGCCUGGUAUCUUCAUACGAUGGGACGUCACUCCACCACAAGGCCAAAGGUUUAGCAUAUCAUUAAGUAUCAGCAACACUGAUAGCACACGAGGUAAUCCAGCAUUCCAUGGUGUUCUCACUGACUCCAGUGGAGGAAUGCUCACUGCCACUCUCACCUCACAGUCUGAGGCCUCAACUGCGGAGGGUACUAUGGUGGAGUGUGUGGGAGAGAACUCACGAGAGGGUCCUCUCACCAUCACUGUGGCUGAUCCACCGUCCCCUACUCUCAACGCAAGAGUGUCCUCCACUCAAAACCAGCCUAACUCAUCAGAUAUCUCUCUGGACUGGGACCCUCCCUCCUCUACUGGUGGUGUAUCUGUCAGCUAUGUCCUCACCAUCUCCCCAACACCUCUCUCCGGGUCACCAGUCACCGUGGAGACCACCUCAGCACAGAUAACUGUCUCCUACAACACACCCUACAAUGUGACCAUCAGAGCUGUCAACUGUGUUGGAAUGAGUCAAGAAACUUCAAUUAUUGAUCUGAUGGUAUGCUCCACACCGUCUACUGCUGCUGGUGUGAUCAUCACUAACACACCUCCUGUCACUAUUGGUGGGUCCAUGCUCACCUUCACUUGUAGUGGAGACAGUGAAGUGAGAACCUCAACCUGUGGCAGUAAUGGGUGGUCUCCUGACCCUGGGACCUUUGACUGCAGCAGUCCAGUUACAGAUCCCCAAGUCAGCUGUGGUUCUCUUGCUGCACCGUCUAGAGGUAGUGUGGACAUCAGUAGUAGGACACCACCCUUCUCACUGGGUUCAGAGGUCAUCUAUCGCUGUGACGAUGGACUGUUCCCCCUUGAUGUGAAGACCAGCACAUGCACUGAUGUGGGGGGUAGGGGAGAGUGGGUGGAGAAUCCUGGGAGCUUGGUGUGCAGAGAGAGGCCAGCCAACUGCUCUCUUCCUUCUGAGCCCUGCAACGGCGCUAUAGUGGACUAUGAGAGGUUGAACGAGACAGUGUUUGAGGGAACAGUCCUGACUUACCAGUGUGACAAUGGACUCUCACUGACAGGACCCAACACCAUCACUUGCACUAUUGCUGGAGUGUGGAGCAUUGGGCCUGGGGCAAUUAAGUGUGUACUUGUGACUGAAGGUGAUGGAUGAGCUUUGUAAUUGUUUGCUUAUCUACUACCGGUAUCCCAUCUCACAGUUUCUACUGUCGCUCCUUUGUUCUCCACUUCUGCAACUGUCGCUAUCAGUGUGGUCAUCACUUUCAUUGUCAGUCUAGUCUUUGGAUUCCUCAUUGGACUCCUAGUGAUGCAUGUUUUCUCUCAUAAGAAGGCAGUGUUCUCCCCGGCAACUGAAGGACAAUCUAACGUAGGACCCA